AUGGGCGGCGCCGCAGUAGUCGAGCCGGCUCGGCGGGUCCCACUGCUGGGAAACAGACAUAAGCGCAAGGCACGCGCUGCAGCAGCGGGUGAUUUUCGACCGAAUCCAGACAAAUCAGUAGACGAGAGCGAGGAGAGGGAGGUUGUGAUUUUACCAGCGUCGUACAGCCGCGAUCUCGCUCAUCCUCCUCUUCUACCAGAGGUCGCGGGUUCGAUUCCCUUCGACGCCACUGUAGCCCUGGGGAACGGCGGUAUGGCGGAAGGCGGAGGCGGAAGCGCUGGUGGGUCUAGGCUGAUGUACGGAGUAGUAGGGGGGGAGAUGGUGUCGGCGGAAGAGGGUGCGGGCGGGGGGAGCGCGCAGUGGGGCGCGGGAGGUGGGGACGAGGCGGAUGGGGGCGAAGGGGGAGAGCAUGAGAGCACGGCGGCUAAGAAGUUGCAGAAGGCUGAUAGAGAGAAGAUGCGGCGGGAUCGACUCAACGAUCAAUUUAUGGAACUCGCGAGUGUCCUCGAUCCUGACCGUCCGAAGAAUGACAAGGCGACGAUUCUGACCGACGGGCUGACGAUGCUUCGCGAGCUGCGCGCGAACGUGAACCGACUGCGCGCCGAGCACAGCGCGCUCGUGGACGAAUCGAAAGAGGUGAGGCGAGGCGAGGCGGAGGUGGUGGCAGGGAUAGGUUUGCCUGACGAGCGGUCAGGAAUAAUCGCUCCUGCGAUUACUUCCGUGUGUUGCUCCCCGCCCUGUCAUCGUGCGCCACGUGUCCCAUCAAUCUUGUUCUCGCUCACCCUCCCCCCCCCCCCUCCUUCCCCCCCUCUCCUCUCCCCCAACCUUCCGCGCAUCCUUGCGCGCGCCCCGCAGCUGGCCGCGGAGAAGUCGGAGCUGCGGCAGGAGAAGGGCGCGCUGAAGGGGGAGGUGGACGCGCUUAAGGGGCAGCUGCACCACCGCAUGUCCGCGCUCCUGCCCUGGGCCACUGCGCCCCCCGCCGCCACUGCGCCCGCCGCCGCCACUGCGCCCCCCGCUACCCCCGCCGCCCCUGCUUCCACCGCUUCCCCUGUGCCGCCUCCAGCCGCCCGUGUUCCUGCUGCCGCUCCUCCUAUUCCUGCUGGCGCGGCUUCUGGUGCUGCUGGUACUGCUGGUGCGGGUGGGUUGCAGACGCCGACGCAGGCGCCAGUGCACGGGCAGAUUCAGACGUCAAGACACAUGUCAGGCUACGCUCCUGCCGCUCCGCCCUUCCGCCCUCCUCUUUCUUCCCCCGCGCCCGCUUCUGCUCCCACCGCCGCUCCUGCUUCCUCCCCUCUUCCCGCCGCUCCCAAUACUGCUUCCGCGCCUUCCGUGCAAUUUCUCCCUCAUUUUCGUCCUCAGAUGCUCACGCCACCGCAGCACGUGCAGCAAGGGGUGCAAUUUAUGAGCCAGCCUGGCAUGGUUCCGCCUGCCAUGCACAUGCAACCUCAACCACAUAAUCCCCCAUCCGCUCACAUGUCACCUUCACCACAUCACUCCUCAUCCAUGCCCAUGCCCUUACGCAUGCCUACCGCCAACGCUGUACCCAUACCCAUUCCGCAGCCCCACACACCGAUGGCGCAGGCCCAUGCGCCCAUGGCGCAGACCCACGCGGCCAUGGCGCAGACCCACGCGGCCAUGGCGCAGACCCACGCGCCCAUGGCGCAGACCCACGCGGCCAUGGCGCAGACGUGUAUGAGGGGGAAUGGGGCAGCGGACAGCGCAGUGGGCAUGGGGGGAGCGGCGGGCAUGGGGGGGAAGGGGGGAAGCGGGUCGGAGCAGGCUAUGAGCCCCCCCGUGUCCGUGCUCUCCUCGUCCGCGCCCACUCCGCGCGCCUCCUCCGCAGCCGCGUCGUCAGCAGCAGGGGGGGGCGAUAGCCACGUUGGAGGAGAGCCGCGGAAGAGCAGCAAUGGCGCGGGGCUGAGAGGCGGGCAGCAGCAGCAGCAGGGGGGGCAGCAGGGGGGACAGAAGGGCGGGCAGGACGGGGAUGCUGCGGCGGGUGGGAGCUCCCUGGUGAACGUAAGCCGUGGAGGGGGUGAGGCUGCUGUCGUGGUGGUGAAGCAAGAGGAGGGCGACGCCAACGCUGCUGACAGCAGGGCCUCACAUUCGCAGCAACAGCAGCAGCAGCAACAACAACAACAUUCACAGCAGCUGCCACCGCAGCAACAACCACAGCAGCAGCAGCAACAGCAACAACAACAACAACAGCAACAGCAACAGCAGCAGCAGCAGCAACAGCAGCAGCAGCAGCAGCAGGCGCAGCAGCAAGCAGCGUCACAGGAGGCACUAACCCGACCGCCAACAGCACAGCCCUUGCAGCCGCCAGCCACUCUCCCUAACCCACCCCACCCCCUGCCCCCACACUCCUUUCCCCCCCAAGCCUGGCCGCCUGGAGCCUUUCCCACGCCUGUUCCCAUGCCCUUCCAAGCCUCCAUGCCAGGCUCGGUGCCCCCCGCACCUGCAGGCAUGCAGGGCUGGAUCGCUGUGCCUGCUGGCGCCUUUCCAUACGCCUUUCCUCCUACUGCGCCGCCUUCAUUCCCGCCUGGGAAUGAUGGCAAAAGCACUGGAAGCUCUGUGCAGCAGCCGCCGCCACAGCAGCAGCAGAUGAUUAUGGCAGCUUAUCUGCCAGGUCAGCUUCCAUUCCAGGUCAGUGCCAGCUCAGCAGGUCAAAGUCAAGGGGAGCAACAGGGCAAGGGACAGGCGGGGCAGGAAGGGCAGGGCGGGGCACAGCAAUCAGCGCAGGGACAGCAGGCAGCACAGGCGCAGCAAGCGGGGCAGGUGCAGCAGAUGAUGCAGAUGCAGCAAUACAUGGCGCAUGCACAGGCACAGGCACAGGCACAGGCACAGGCACAGGCACAGGCACAGGCACAGGCACAGGCACAGGCACAGGCACAGGCACAGCAAGCAGCGCAGGCCCAUCAGAUGGGUCAGGCAGGUCAAAUGAACCAAGUGCCCCAGAUGGCUCACAUGCAGCCAUUCAUGGGCGCUCCUGGGAUGGCCAUGGCUCUCCCCCCGCCUCCCCCUGGGCAGAUGUACGUCACUGCUCCCUUCCUUGUCCCCGCCCCCACCCCACCGCAGCAGCAGCCGCAGCUGGGGCAGCAGCAGCAACAGGGGCAGCAGCAGCAACAGGUGCAACAGGUGCAGCAGCAGCAACAGCAACAGGUGCAGGUGCAGCAGCAGCAGCAGCAGCAGCAGCAGCAGCAGCAGCAGCAGCAGCAGCAGCAGCAGCAGCAGCAGCAGCAGCAGCAGCAGCAGCAGCAGCGGCGGCGGCGGCGGCAGCGGCGGCGGCGGCGGCGGCGGCGGCCCCUCUCUAGCAGCAGCAGCAGCCCCUCUCUACCUACCCACGCCGCUACAGCCACAGAGCAGGGGGCGGAGGAGGUGCAGCAGAGAGAGGGAGUGGGGGAGGGGGAGGGGGAAGCGCAGCAGUGGGGGGGAGUGCAGGAGGGGUGGGGGGAACAGGAGGGAGUGCAGCAGGGGCUGGGAGUAUGCCUCACUGGCUGUGGGCGGCAUGCCAGGGUUCCUGAGCUGUGUGCACGCUAG